CUGAACUCAUGGCUGAUGCUCAGGACGAUAUGAGUCAGAUGCAAGACAAGUUCACCUAUGACUAUGAAACAGUGAGGAAAGGUGGUCUCAUCUUUGCGGCAAUAGCAUUUGUGGUUGGAAUGCUGAUUAUUUUCAGUGGCAGAUUCCGUUGUGGGAGGAAAAAGCAACUAAGAGCUCUCAAUGAAGAUAUGUGAUAUUCUGGAUAAAGAUAAACAUCUACACAGAAGGGUACCGAUGGAAGAUAUAUUCGUUAGGUGGUCUACAUCUCAGAUCAAAUGCAGUGACAAUGGAAUCAUCCUUGCCUACAAGUUACAUGAACUUGGUCUUCUAUCAUGACAUAUAGAUCUUAAUUUUUCUGUAAACAAGAAGCUCUAUUUUGCUUAAAACAAGAUAUACACAAACUCUACUCAACUGCUAAUUGAGAUGCCUCUGAAAAUGAUUUUCUUCUAAAACUGUGCCUAUCUCCAUGCCUAUGAAUUUUUAAAUUCAAAUUGCUCCUCAAAUACUGACAGAGCCUAUCAACCUCUACUGCAAUGUGCUGACUUGGAUUUUAGGGGUCUGUUAUCCAGAAUGCUUGGCACAAUUGGCUUCUGGAUAAAUGGCAUUUCCAUAACAUAAAGAAGUAAACUAUAAGCCAAUAAAAACAUUUGAGAUCUGAUUUAUGAACAUAAGUGCUACAUUGCAUCAGCGCAGUUACCCAGAGCACCAAUCACAUAUUUUAUUUCAUUGUUAAAGUUGUACUAGACUAAUAGCUUGUUGCCAUUGGAAACUGCACUGGUGCUAGUUUAGUUAGUAAAUGAACCUUUCAGUUGGACUCGUGAGUCCAAAACAUUGUUGCAGUCCAAUUUUUCUGAUUAUUGCUACGAUUUUAAGAUUUUAGAUUACACUAAUAUUUGCCCGACAACUGGUUGCCUGUAAUUACAAUGUAAGGCCUUGUAAAAAGUGAGAACCUCUGCACUAGAGUACAUUACUCUGAAUAAAUUCAGAACAUUCUGACACAGCAUGGACUUUUUAUUUAGACUCGAAAGCUAACUUUUCAAGAUACAAUCUGUGUGAUUGUACAAGCAUAAGUAUUGUGCUGAACUUGCAUAUUCAACAUACAUUCACAGAGUUGCCUUGCUGAUUGUGCACAAAAUAUUUAGUUAACCAUUUCAUAUUACGAGGAGCUGCUCAUUUCUAGUGAUUUCUCUCAUUUUUCAGAUUUGCUUUGUUUUGUUUCCCUCUUUAACAUCAGAAGGAAGUUGAAGGACUCUACCUGUAACCCAGAUGCUUUUGCACAGUUUUUGCUAGUUAUAUAUUAUUGUUAUUAAAUGAGACUGGGCUCUCAAA